GGCCGAAGACGGCCCAAGCGGUGCCCAGGACGCUCCCAGCGAGCCGCAGCUAUCUGCUUUGCCAAGUGGAGGUCUCUAGGCUGGUACCGUGGCUGGUUCCUGGCUGGACAGCCCCCCGCCGCCAUGUUCUGCGCGUUGCUUCAGGAAGGUGGGGCGGCUCUCGCCGAGCACGGGACGGGGAAGGUUGCGCGCCUCGAGCCGGACGGGAUCAGCUCGGCCCUCACGCGAUGCCCAACGGAGGAGCUGCUCGCCUUCUCCGUCGACGACGGCCAGAACGCCAACGCCCACGAGAAGAGCUGGGGCGCCACCGCGCUGCCAAAGGACUGCGACGAGCUGGCGCUCCUCGAGGCGGCGUCCCUCGCCGACCCGCGCCCCCGCCCCCCCAGGCGCCUCAGGUCCGCGGCGUACUGGGAGCAGAAGGCCGCCGCCGUCGCCGCCAAGUGGCCCGCGCGCUCGCCCUGGGAGCUGGGCGUGAGGCCGCGCCGCCCGUGCCCCGGCGAAGGUUGGAGCGGUCUGGCCGGCAGCCGCGACGGGCACCGCCUCGGGCUGGCGGCGCCUGCGGCGCCCGCGGCGCCC